AUGAUAAACACCAUGCUGUUCCGAAUGAAACUAAAAAGACACAUGCUAUUUGCCAAAGUAAGAAAAUUCUCACAAGGGGGUUGUUGCCGUUUCAUCCUCACCAAUAGAGAGUUACAGAGUAAGCUAAAGAAUAACAGCCACCUCGUUAGGUUAAUAAAAAAUGUCAUUCCUAGUGAACAGAGAGAAAAAGGUAUCAGCCAUGAGGACGAUGAGCAGAUCACCCAUUUGGGAUUUUCCUACCUUUACACAAAUGUAACCAUUAACAAAGUGGAGAAAAGAAAACUCAUGUCGUAUGAACCACCUGGUGAGUACACCGAUGAUUUACUCUCCAGUUUGAGGAAUGAGAACUCUGUCGAUUGGUACCGUGAAGUAGUCCUUAGCUACGAUGACGAAGUAAAAAAAGGAAGCAAACAUGUGAACAGAGGAAGCAUUAAGGAGGUGUAUUCGUAUGUCAUGAAUUCGUUAAAGAAGCUGACUCCACAACAAGUCCUCCUAACCCUACACAGUUUCAUCAUACACGGUGUGCAGGUUGAAUAUUUAAAAAAAAUAAACGAGCAUGUGAUAAAUAAUAUUUAUAAUUUCAAGACAAGUGAGCUGAUUUUAAUUCACCUAUUUUAUGUCUACUUUGAGGGGAACUACGGAAAUGGGGGAGCUAGCGAAUUGCCCUGGGAAUUGAUAAGAUACACCUCCCAUUUGUUUUACAAGAGGAGACAACAAUUGCUCCUAAACCAGAUUGAGGAAAUACUGUUCAUAUGGAGCAAGUACAAUUUUUAUCACAGGGAACUAUUCGAUUAUUGCAUUGGGGUGAUCGAAAGGUCUAUGCAUUCGUUAAAUGUGGAAAAUGUGGAAAACGUGGAAUUCUUUUUAAAGGGGGAGUCUUCUCCGCUUCUUAAAAUUAGAAAGGAAUCUAUUCAUGACAUGAACAAAUUGGACCUCCUCAUUAAUUGUUUUUAUCACCUUUCUGGGAUUAGAAAAGUAACCCUCUUGGAAGAGACCCGCCUGAAAUACUUCUCCCAGUUUUCAUUUUUCCUAGGGGAUCAUUUUGGCUUACUGACUCAUUUACCCCUUCGAAAGUUGUUCAUGCUUUUGCAAGUGAAUGAAGUAAUCUCCAUGGGGGGGGACUCUGUGGGUGAACCCACCGAUGCGAAGUGUCAAAUGGAAAAGGGGGACCGCCUAAAGUCCCACCUCUUAAACCUUAUCGAGGGUAGGCUAAAGAAAACCAACCAGGAUGAGCACUACGGGAGGAGGACCUAUCCACAGGAAGCGUCCAGUAAUGUGUCCAAAUGCGUAUGGGUGUUGGACGCGGUGGGUGCGUACUACUCGGAUAUGUGUAAUUCGGGUAGCGAGUGCAUCGGAUUGAAGCAACCAGCUGCCUGUGGCGGUACCGAUCAAACUUGCGAGAAGGCGCAUUGCGAGAUGGCUGAUUUUGAGAUGGCUCAUUGCGAGGUUCACAACGUGGGUGAGACGAAUGGGGAGGCCCCCACAGAUGCGCCACUCCCUAAAAUGAGCAACACGGGUAACGCGAUCGCUGAGCCAAAAAAUUGCACGUAUGGCACGGAAAGCAGCCAUAUAGCUACCCACGAACACGGUGGAAGGGACCAAACAGGAGUGAUCAAUUACCCCCCAAACUUAACAUUUCUGAGCAGCAUUAAUGAAUACAUUACGGUCGGAAGUGAACCCUGUAAGAAGUACCUCCCUACCUUUCUUUCCAUUUUGAAAGGACAAAAAAAAUUCCAACACAUGCUCCUUUACUUUUUAAAUAUUUUGGACAAAAGAAGCGGCGCGAAUGUGUUACUCCCUUACAUUAAGUUAAUAUGUGAAUAUGUUAGCAAUAUCUACGUACUGUCCUACAUGGGGUACCUUUAUAAAUGCGCGAUCACGAACAACGAUUUUUCCAACCGAGCCAAUUUUAAUGUAGAGAAAGCUGUAACAUUACUGUCAACUUUGCACAGAAGUAUAUGUAACCAUCAUGAGGUUUUACAGGGAGGUGAUCGCAGUGACAAUCCCGCGAAUGUAUUACCAAAUGGAAUAACAUUUCACCAAAAUAACGAACGUUUUUUCACCUGCCUGCGCGAAAAUAACCCAAAUGUGUAUGAACAUGUUCAGGCAAAUUUACUCAACUUAAAUUUAAAGGAAAUAAAAAAAAUGGACGAGUUUCUUUUCCAUUAUGCGUAUAAACAUAUGGUGAAUGAUACGUUCGAAUAUUUGGAGAAUAUGGUACCCUAUAUGAAUAGCCAACCGUGUGUUAAUCACCUUCUGUGGCUCUUUGUACAGAUAAAUAAUUACUACAGUGUGUAUUCCAAGGGAGGAAAAGUCCCAAGGGGAGAGAAAAUUGCUACUUUAUUUUUCCAAAAAAUUUGCAUUUUGAAUUUUUUAAAAGCAUACCAAGAUAAAAGUGAUAACUGUUACGAAGCAGUGAAGAAAAUUUUAACUUACGUACGUCUAGAAAAGGAUGUUGAGAGGACCCUUUCAAAUUAUGUGUUAAAUUUAUAUUUUAAAAAGUACACAAGUCCAAUGGGUAAUGAAGACAUACUUGUAUAUAUUACGGACGUCCUCCAAAAAUUGUUCAACUGUAGUUGCGCCUUAACGUAUCAGAAUGAUGGGACUUUUGUGAUAUGCUCAAAUGGGACUGACCAGUUAUGCGUCCCAUUACUGAGGAGCCAAAUUAUGCACAUAAUAAAUACGCUUAUGCAAAAUAACUGCUGUGCCCAUUUGAUUAACUUCCUCGUUUUGGUUAAUGCUGGGGUUAGCUUUGACACUCUCUUUGGCGGAAUUAGGAACCAUCUUUAUUCCUACGCAUUUUAG